AUGGCUAUGCUACUGGUCACCCUUCUGCUCAACGCUGCCGCCAUCUAUACCAUAGUCACCAUCCCCCCUCUUUCCACUGUGGCCCCUUCAGCCGGGGGACGGAAUGGCAAACAGGCCACCAGCGAGGAGGAAGAGGAGGACGAGGCACAGAGGAAGAGGUCUCAUAAGAAAAAGGCCAAGGUCCAAGACAGCGAGGAAGAGGAUGAGGAAGAGGAAGACGAGGCACAGAGGAAGAGGGCUCAUAAGAAGAAGGCCAAGGUCCAGGACAGCGAGGAAGAGGAUGAGGAAGAGGAGAAGAGCGUCAAGCGGAAGGGCCCAAAGGCUGCAGGCAGAAAUAAAAAGGCAGUCAAGCAGGUGAGUGAGGAGGAGAGUGAGGAGGAAGAACGAGGGAAGAAAAGGAAAGGCAGAAAAUCGACUAGCAAGAACCAGAAAGAAGGGCAGAACAAGGAGAAGAAGAGCGAUGCUAAAGGGAAAAGUGACGCCAAAGGCAAAGGAGUGAAGGACAAAGGGAAUGAGAAAGACAAGAAAAAGAAGAACGCAAAGUACAGCAGCUCUUCUUCUUCAGGCGAGUCAGGGGACGAGGAUUCUCUGUCAGAAGGGGAGAUUGCUGCUCAGAAGGAAGAGGUGGAGGAGAAGAAGAAGCUGAUCGCCACUCUAAGGAACAAACCGUGGCGCAUGAAGAGGAGGCUUAAACUCCUCAAGGAAUGCCAGGCGUUUGUGGAGAAGUUUGAGGGGGCUCUGGGAAAGGGCAAAGGGAGGAAGCUCUACGCCUACAAAGUCAUAAUGGCUAAGGUGAUGAUGGGUCUUCCGUAUGGGUCUAUACCCAGGAAAACUGUUCCCAGAGCGCAGCAGGCCAAAGCCAUGGACUACUCCGUCCUCCUUGAUUUUGGAGGCUACUGCAAGUACUCUGUUCUGUUCUAUGGCUACUAUAAUGACGAACGCACCAUCGGACUCCUCCAGUUCAGACUGCCACUGUCCUACCUACUGGUCGGUGUUGGCAUCUUCGGCUACAGCCUGAUGGUGGUCAUUAGAACGAUGGCCCGUAACUCGGAUGAGGGAGGAGAUGGUGGGGACGAUGGACAGUUUACAUUCACCUUUAAGAUGUUCACCAGCUGGGAUUACCUCAUUGGGAACCCAGAGACAGCUGACAACAAGUAUGCCUCCAUCACCACCAGCUUUAAGGAAUCCAUAGUAGACGAACAGGAGAACCAGAAGGAUGAGAACAUCCACUUGCGGAGGUUCCUGCGGGUUCUAGCCAAUCUUUUCAUUCUCUGCAGCCUGGGGGGCAGUGGCUUCCUCAUCUAUUUUGUGGUCAAGAGGUCUCAGGACUUUGCAAAACUAGAUCAGAAUACGCUCUCCUGGUAUGAAAAGAAUGAGGUGGAGGUUGUGAUGUCACUGCUGGGGCUGGUGUGCCCCCCUCUCUUUGAGACCAUCGCUGAGCUGGAGGAGUACCACCCUCGUAUCGCCCUCAAGUGGCAGCUGGGCCGCAUCUUUGCCCUGUUCCUUGGGAACCUCUACACCUUCCUGUUCGCCCUGUUUGAUGAUGUCAACGAAAAGUUGGAACAGGAGAAGUACAUUAAGAAUGCCACUAUCUGGGGUCUGAAGGAGUACUAUGCCAACUACAGCACCUUCCACAACACUACUGACAUCCCCCCUCCGGACAUCCCUCCUGCUGAUGUCAUCAGAGGGCCGUGCUGGGAGACCGACGUUGGCAUAGAGUUUGUGAAGCUCACCGUCUCUGACAUCCAGGUGACAUAUCUGACCAUCCUCAUUGGUGACUUUGUGCGAGCCGUGAUUGUGCGUUUCCUCAACUACUGCUGGUGCUGGGACCUGGAGGCUGGAUUUCCGUCUUAUGGAGAGUUUGACAUCAGCGGCAACGUGCUUGGAUUAAUCUUCAAUCAAGGAAUGAUUUGGAUGGGUGCGUUCUAUGCCCCUGGCCUGGUAGGAUUGAACGUCCUGCGCCUCCUCUCCUCGAUGUACUACCAGUGCUGGGCCGUGAUGAGCUGUAACGUUCCCCAUGAGAGGGUCUUCAAGGCCUCCAAAUCCAACAACUUCUACAUGGGCCUCCUCCUCCUGGUGCUCUUUCUCAGCCUUCUGCCUGUGGUUUACACCAUAAUGACCCUGCCGCCCUCCUCUGACUGUGGCCCCUUCAGUGGAAGGGCGCAAAUGUAUGACGUUGUCAUGGAAACUAUAGAGAAAGACCUACCAGCGUUCAUUGGUAAUAUCUUCACCUACGCAACUAAUCCUGGGCUGAUCAUACCAGCUGUGCUGCUGAUGGUGUUGGCCAUCUACUAUCUGAAUGCGACCUCCAAAAACUAUCAAAAUGCCAACCUGGAACUGAAGAGGAAGAUGCAAAUGGCUAGAGAUGAGGAGAAGAACAGGAGGAACAACAAGGAGAGUACCAACCAGGUGAUGCAUGACCUGGUUGGCCUUCUUCCCAACCGUUCUCUAAUCCCCCCUCCUGCUGAAGAAGCACCCCCACCAGACAACAUGAGCGAGAAGGGCAGCAAAUUUCCCAAGGUGGCAAAACGUCCAGGAGCAGCUGACAAUGUCAAGGGGGUUAACCUUCAGAAGGAUGUUUCAUUGGCUGCACCAAACUCCCGAGGGGCUGUGACCCGUCCCCCAGGCCCAAGGGGGCCGCCUGGAAACGCCAGAGGACCACCCCCAGGGCCGGGAAGGGGCAGAGGGAGGGGUGCACCUCGUCCUAAAUGCUAA